UGCCCCCCUCCAGCGAGCCCCGCGGUGGCCACGCCGUGCUGGCGGGAGGAGCAGUUCGUGGUGGCCCAGGAAUGUGCCCGGUGCUCCGAAUUCCAGAUGAAGACCCUCCCGGACUGUGCCCCCACUGGGUUCAUCGAGAGGAUCAACUGCCCCACGUCCCAACGGGAGGAGUUCAAGAGCUGCCGCUCGGCCGCGCUGGAGUCUCGGCGGUUCUGGCGCUUCGUGGGCUCAGCUCUGGCCGUGGCGGCGGCGGCCGCGGCGCUCGUGGUGCUGCGGCAGCGGGAGCUCGACCGCCGCGCCCGGGAGAAGGUCCGCAAGCAGAUCGAGUCCAUCUAGGCACGGAGGGGCCGGGAAUCCCACCGGGAAUCCCGCCGGGAAUCCUGCCGGGAUCUGCGUCCCCGGGGAGCGUCGCAGGAGGUUCCCCCAAGGAUCGCCACCCACCCCGGGAAGGGGGUCCCUGGGAGCGGGAUGGGGAAUAAAUCCUGGUCCUUGUGCCCGGAGCGACGCCGGGUUUGUGCCCUGGGGGGUCCCUGUGCCCUCUCCCACCGGGAUCUGCCCUGGGAACAGCCUGGGGGUGCCAGGAUCCCGCCCUUGGGGUCCUGGGAUCCCAUCCUUGGGAGUUCCAGGAUCCCAAUUUUGGGGUCCCAGGAUCCCACCCUUGGGAGUUCCAGGAUCCCAAUUUUGGGGUCCCAGGAUCCCACCCUUAAGGGUCCCAGGAUUCCAGCCUUGGGGGUCCCAGGAUCCCACCCUUGGGAGUUCCAAGAUCCCACUCUUGGGGGUCCCAGGAUCCCAUCCUUGGGAGCUCCAGGAUCCUACUCUUGGAGGUUCCAGGAUCCCACCCUCGGGGGUCCCAGGAUCCCAGCCUUGGUGACCCAGGAUCCCACCCUGGGAGCGGGAUGUGGAAUAAAUGCUGAUCCUUGUCACAAA